AUGCUGAAACAGAUACUGUCAGAGAUGUACAUAGAUCCUGAUCUGCUGGCAGAGCUCAGCGAAGAACAGAAACAGAUCCUGUUCUUCAAGAUGAGGGAGGAGCAGGUCCGCCGAUGGAAAGAAAGAGAAGCAGCAAUGGAAAAACAGGAGUCCUUGCCAGUGAAACCCAGACCAAAGAAAGACAACGGCAAAUCGGUUCAUUGGAAACUGGGAGCCGACGAGGAAGUCUGGGUGUGGGUGAUGGGUGAGCACCACCUCGAUAAACCCUACGACGCGCUCUGUGAUGAGAUCCUUGCCCAGAGGGCACGGCUGAAGGCGGGGCAGGAGGUGCGGGAGCUCAGAAAAACUCAGUCCAGAGAAUUCACCAGCACCUUGAAACCAAAGUCACACUCCUCCGAUGUGCGGGCACCAGGCGACCGGGAGCCUCGGAGCGUGUGUGAGAAGGCGGCAGAAGAGGGGGGACACGGGCGCGGCCGCGGGCCAGCUUCACCCCGAGAAGAGGAGAAAACGCCCUUGCCCUCCAGUUCCUCAAGAAACGUUCACCAAAUGUUGGCAGAUUCUAUCAGUCGUAUGAAGGAAUAUGGAUUUCACCAGAAGAAAGAAUCUGCGAAGAAAACACAAGAUGAAGAAGUAAAACAAAUAGAUGAAGAGAGAACCAAGCAGAUUUAUAAGAGCUGGAAAGAAGAUUCAGAGUGGCAGGCCUCUUUGCGAAAAUCCAAGGCAGCUGAUGAGAGGAGGCGCUCCCUGGCCAAACAGGCGCGGGAGGACUACAAGAGGCUGUCCCAGAGGGGGAGAGGCGGCGAGGGGCCACAGAGCCCCCCCAGUGGCCCCCAGAAGCCCCGGAGGCCCCCCCUUCCACCCAAGCCUCAGUUCCUGAGCCCUUCAGGACACCCCUGCAAACCUCUCAGAAACCAGGCAGCGGCGAGGCCAGCGUCCCGCUCGGCCCAGGGGGACAUCGUGCGCUGGUUCCGGGAGGAGCAGCUCCCGCUGCGGGCUGGCUACCUGGGCACCUCGGACAGCAUCGCCCCAUGGUUCCACGGAAUUAUCACCGUACAGAGAGCGAAUGAGCUUCUGAGCACGUGCGUGCCAGGCAGCUUCCUGAUCCGGGUCAGCGAGAGAAUCAAGGGCUACGUCCUGUCCUAUCUGUCCAAGGACGGCUGCAAACACUUUGUCAUAGAUGCCUCCACGGACUCGUACAGCUUCCUGGGUGCGGACCAGCUGCAGCAUGCCAGCCUGGCUGAGCUGGUGGAGUACCACAAGGAGGAACCCAUCACCUCCCUGGGGAAGGAGCUCCUUCUGUACCCCUGCGGUCAGCAGGAACAGCCGCCCGACUACCAGGACCUGUUUGAGUGA